AUUAAACAUGUUCUAGAAGAAGAAGAUGAAGGAGAAAAGACAGAAACAAUUAUGAAAACAGAGACAAAUGAUUCUUUACAACAAUUGUCCGACACAAAUAAAUAAAUAACAAAAUCUGUUAGAAUGCUGCUGAGACUAAACUAGUUUUUAUUGUCGGCUGGAGAGGAAUGAAACUGCUGUUUCUAGUAAUGCUCUCCCAUUUUGUGUUUAAGAAAGGUUUGGGACUGAAAUGUUAUUCUGAUGUUCUGGGUAAGCACUGGACCCAGUGUGAAGAAAAGAAAGGAUUUCGAACAUGUUUUACAAAAUAUGAUUUCAAAGGAGAGGUAACGGGUCGAGGGUGCUCUACAAAAGAUAAAAUAUUCCAUAUUGAAUGUGAGAAUCACGUGAUGGGAAAACAUAGUGAAAAAUUCUGCUACUGCAGCUACUACCUGUGUAACAGUGCGGAUAGGGUGACCGGUUUGUCUCCAGCUGGGAUCAUGCUUAUUUUAACCAGCUACAGGAUAUUACAGUGAUCUGUGAAUAGUUGAAUUAUGGAGAAUGUUCAUCUUUUUUAGAAUAUACACUCAAAGUGGAAUGAUGCCCUAUUGAAAAUAUUUCCGUGCAAAAUGCCAAUGGCAUAAUAAUUUUCCAAAAUUAAUCCUAGCUGGUGUGUAUACUGUACAACCUAGUCUAGCUUCCUAGCUGGUGUGUAUACUGUACAACCUAGUCUAGCUUCCUAGCUGGUGUGUGUACUGUACAACCUAGUCUAGCUUCCUAGCUGGUGUUUAUACUGUACAACCUAGUCUAGCUUCCUAGCUGGUGUGUAUACUGUAAAACCUAGUCUAGCUUCCUAGCUGGUGUGUGUACUGUACAACCUAGUCUAGCUUCCUAGCUGGUGUUUAUACUGUACAACCUAGUCUAGCUUUCUAGCUGGUGUGUAUAUUGUACAAUCUAGUCUUGCUUCCUAGCUGGUGUGUGUACUGUACAACCUAGUCUAGCUUCCUAGCUGGUGUUUAUACUGUACAACCUAGUCUAGCUUCCUAGCUGGUGUGUAUAUUGUACAAUCUAGUCUUGCUUCCUAGCUGGUGUGUGUACUGUACAACCUAGUCUAGCUUCCUAGCUGGUUUGUAUACUGUACAACCUAGUCUAGCUUCCUAGCUGGUGUGUAUACUGUACAACCUAGUCUAGCUUCCUAGCUGGUGUGUAUACUGUACAACCUAUUCUAGCUUCCUAGCUGGUGUAUAUACUGUACAACCUAGUCUUGCUUCCUAGCUGGUGUGUAUACUGUACAACCUAGUCUGGCUGCAUAAUGUAGGUACUGUGCUUCAAAUGAACAGGAGUAUUCAGUAAUGAAAACUGUUUAUCUUCAAAUUAUAAAAUGUUUGGAAACACCACAUAAAUAAACAUCUUUUUG